AUGGGGGGCACGCCCAACCCGCCGUCGCCCAAGCCGCCUCGAACCCCUAAGGUCUACAAGGCCUUGGAAGGGGUAUGGGAACAAAUUCGCGAAGCUGCCCGUGUUGAACUCUCCAAGGCCGGUUUCAGGGCCCCGGUGGAGGACAAGUCGUCGGAUGAGGUGGCCCUUCUGGACCUAUUGCAGGCCCACAUUGGGGAUCUGCCAGCGGACGUCCAGACAGCGCUGCGCAACAGGAACAAGGUUCCUGAUGUUCCGCCAGAAGAAGCCGCCAUAACAGCCACGAACGAGCUCAAAGGGGCAUCCACCAAGCUGCGGUCCUUAGGCCACCGCAAAAUUCGUCUCCAAGCCAAGAUUGACGAAUCGAAAGCCGCCCUCAAAGCGUUGUAUGUUGAAAUGCAAAACUUGAUGCAAGAGCUGAAAGCGGCUGAGGAAAAUAUGGAAACCCUUGCCAAGACCUUCCGGGACAAGGUACUUCAGGCGCCCGUUCAAGAAGAAGAUGAGGACUUUAAUCUGUCCGAGGUGCUUGGAAGCAUUGGCCUUUCCCUUGAUGAAGCCCAACUCCAAAAGGUGCGGGAUGCCCAGGCCCAGCACAAGCUCCAGCGAAGGCAGAAGGCUGCGGAGCAACUGCUGGCCCAUGAUGCCCCAACAUGGAAAUCGAAGACCUUGAGCUACGACGAGAAGAACUUGAAGUGCAGCUUGAGCGCAAGCGCGAAGGGCCAGCUUUCUUGGUCCAAAGACGUUGAGAAGGCUAGCACCCGUGUGCCCUCCGCGAGCCUUUCAGGCACUCCCGAGUCUCAGGCUGUUUUGACCACACCAUCCAAGCCGGGGACGGAGGACGAUUUUGACCCUCUCCCCCUUUCUAGGGGGGUUUUUACAAACAAUAUCUCACCUGAGUGGAGGGAGUUCGGUCCUUCCCCAAUCAAUCUCUACAACCGGUUUUCAGCCCUGGCGGAAGACGAAAAUCCCAACGAUGAAUUCACCUCCCUCCUCCUCAAGGCCAAGGACCAGUCACUUGCUGCAUGUGAGGAGGAAUUGGUGGAACUGGUGGACAAAAUGCCAAUCCGCCAAGGGUCUCUUGAAGAAUGGGCGGCCAACCAUGCAUUGCAUCAACUGGCCACUCACAGAAACGAACCUAGUGUUUGUCUGGAGGCAAUUGCUGAUGCAAAAAGGCAGCCCAAAGACGAACCAGCAAAAUUUGAAAUCACAGUUGCCAAUGUCACAAGAUGGAGAGCUGAGAUCAAAACGUGGCUCCUAGAUAGGCGACCACAGGGGGUGUGUCUCCAGGAAACCCACCUCACAGCCAAAGAACAGCAUCUUGCCAUCCAUCAGUUGGAUCAGGCCGGGUACGCUGCCUGGACCCUACCGGCCCACCCAACUGAGGGGGGAAAAAACUCUGGAGGCGUCAUGAUUGCGGUUGAAAAAGAUCGAAAUUUCCGAUUCCUGAGAUCCUUUGGUGUUGAAGGUAAAGGGUAUGUGGCUGUGGUAGGUAGAACCGGGAAGAGGGACAUUGUUUUUAUUUCCAUCUACCUUGAAACCAGUGUAGGCCUCACUGGAGGACACAACCCCACCAUUGUCGGUGAUCUUAUUGCCUUCAUUAAAGGCCUCACCAUUGAAUGGUUUGUAGCGGGGGAUUUCAACCUCCCACCGCAAGACAUACUCGAAACCUCGAUUGAGUCCCUCCUGCGCGGGAAAGUGCUAGCUACUAACGAGCCCACCAUCAUGGGUGGCAAUGAAAUCGACUUUGCCAUAGCUAGCCACACCGUCUCAAAUGGGCUCGAAAUCACAACUGAUUGGGACGUUCCCUUCAGGCCCUUCCGGAGACCUGUUGACGAUGAACAGGCACCAUUCCAAGGACAUUUCACCUUGGUUUAUCCCAGCCUCCUCCUAGAGCCGAGGGCGGAUGACGCCAUUACAGCUGGGUUUGCCGGUUUUACUCAGCGUGUUGAGGCGAGCCUCUAUCCCUCAGACAUCAGAGGCCUCCGCAUUGGUCUGAGUCCCAAGCUUCAGCAGGUGGUCCAAUCCCACCUCUCCCAACUCCUUCUCAAUUGGGAGGAAUGCGAUGCAUUCAGGAAAGCACAUCAGGAACAAGCCAAAAAGUACGAGGCCUGGCUCCAAGGUGAUGGGAAAAACCAUCUGCGCCACCUUUACCGGGCACUCAAGACUGAGGAAAACACCACUACUCGCCCAUUUGCGGACCUUGCGGUGGAGGCCCAGAUGGGUGGUGCUAUGAAAUGCUCCGAGCAUUACCUCAUGAAGCCAUUCUUGAAUUGGCUAGCAUGGUGCGCCAAUGGGAAAUCGAAGCCCAGUCUCAUAGCAGGUUGCCCUCUCGCCCCUGCUCUUUCCAGAGUUGUGCUCCACGAUCCGAUCUCGAAGAUGCACUCUGCCUCCCCUGUACACCACAUCGAUUUGUGGGUGGACGAUUGCUCAGCAGAUUUUGUCGAUUCUCAUGCGCCGACAGUCGCUGCUCAAGCCAUCAAGUGUUACAGGGAGCUUAAAGCUGACCUCGAGAAUCAGGGCCUGAUGGUCAGCACCACCAAAACGGCUUUCAUCUGCUCAAACAAAGCCUCGGCCAGAGAGCUGCAAUCCUUGCUUGAAGAACAUGAACCCCCCAUCAAAACCUUAGGCAAGGACCUUGGUCUGGAUUAUGCUGCGGGGCAGAGGAGGCGAAUCACAGUGGCCAAAGGCAGGCACGCUAAAGGAGGGCAGCGUGCCAGGAAAUUGACCAAGCUGCAAGUCAAAAGCACUAGCAUCAGAGUGAGACUCUUCAACGGUUCCAUCCGGUCCUCUGCCUUGUAUGGGCAUGAAGGGGUUGGGGUAGCGCCUAAACGGCGCAAAUGGUUCAGAAGUUUGCUGGCUGCAGCCUUGGGCAGACCCACGCUUGCCAGCACUGACUCAGCCCUUGAGUUCCACUCGAACAAAGUUGUAGAUCCAGCCUACACCAUCUUGUCGCAGCAUUUCAAGGCGAUACGGAGGCUUCUUCUCAGCUGGCCCGACAGGGACAUUGCCAGAUUGCACCAGAGCUGGAACAAACUCGGGCAAUGGCUGAGCGAGGCUGAACAUCCCUGGAAAAGGGCGGCUGGACCGCUUGGAGCCGCCUGGUGCUACCUUCAAGAGUUGGAGUGGGAGGCCAUCAGCCUCAGCAAGUGGCGUGUUGAAGGCGACAUUCUUGACAUCCGUCAGGGACCUGACUUCCAUAGACUUCUUUUCCAGCUAAAACAUCUAAUUGACACCAGGCGACACCGCCGCAUUGCUCAAUCAGAUGGUGGCAAAGGAUUAGAGACAGGACCGGACUGGACAGCCCCCAGAAGGCUCCUCAAACAAGCCAACAAGCAAGAAAAGGCGGCGCUCCAAGCGUUGUGGCAAGGCGCUGUCAAGGCGUCUCCAACAGCCACGUGUUCCCUGUGCAACCUUCCUGCCACCAAGAAGCAUGUACUCUGGGAAUGCAAAUGGUGGAAAAAGCAUGGUGAACAACCGCCUAGAUGGUGGGAAGAUUACCCGGAGCAUCAAUCCACUGAUUGUCUGUGGAAUUUUGGGCUCAUGCCCAACCUUCCCAGGGAAAUGCCCUUCGGAGAUUCUAUUCUGGAAGUCCAAGGAGUCCUCCGCAAUCCAGACCAAAUCCCUGAAGGCGCUUUCGCGGCCACUGACGCCAGUGGGGGCCCCACCACUGACCAGCGGCUUCAAACCGUGGUGUGGGGGUUGAUAGUUUAUGAAUGGUGUGGGGACACGCCCAAGCGAAUCGGGUCCAUUGCCGGUCUCCUUGGUAAUGAGCAGUCAGUGUACCGAGGGGAGGCUAAAGCCAUCCAACAAGCGGCCCUUCUCCUUCCAGAAGGGACCGAUGUCACCAGUGAUUGCAAAGGGGCCGUUGCGCGUGCCAGAAGGGGCCCCGCAGGGGGAGGAGCACACCAAGACAUUUUUGGUACUGCGCCCACCCAUGAGCUUCGCCUUACAUGGGUCCCAUCCCAUUUGGGAUGCGAGGAAUUUAAGGCAAAAAUGGGGGAAGGCCAAGAAUGGCGGCGCAACAUCAAUGCUGAGGUUGAUGCAUUGGUGUCCAGACAUGCCAAAGCCCUCUACAGCACUGAGCGUGCAGAAAGGCUGCAGAAACAGGACAAACUGGCUACCGAUGUGGCCAGCUUUUUAGGACGCCGGCUCCUCUCCUUGCUUGAGGGAGGCCUGAAUUCCCCCACCGUGAAUCCGGCGGAUGGCAUUCCAGGGGGUAAAGGCGAGAUCCCCUUCAAGCGGCCUUCCAAGAAGGAGACCGAUGCAGAAGCACCAGCUGCGGAGUCCCCCUCGCAAUCGUCGAACUCAACAGAGCUUCGACGAGCCUCACCCGACCAACCGCGGCACCAGCCCGAGCCGAGCCCAACCCCACCUGCCGAGGGGGGAGAGGCAAGCACUGACCCCAUGCCAGUCAAGCAGGAAUCAACCGAGGAGUUUAGCUCCGAAGAGUCGUCAGGAGAGGCGGCACCUCUUCUACCUUGGCCUCUCUUGGCAGACAGCCUCCACCUCACGGUUGACCGGGUUCGCCGUAGCAACAACCGUGACUUCUGGCUGUUUAACCUCGGCCCAACCUUGUGGUUGGAUUGCUUCCCAACCUUCAAGGGUUCCAGCCUCCUGGGCAUAGGGGGAACGCGAGCAGUGUACACCUCACCUUCCUCAGAAGGCAAGGUGUGGAAGGUUGCUCUCAAAGCAGAUCCCAGCCACCAUGGGAUUGAGCAAACCAUUGGGCAGCGGCUGCCAGGUUUAUGUGCCACGCAAACCAGAAUGGUGGGGACGGGACAGCUCACCAUCCGUGACUUCAAGACCCUGGAGAUUGAGGUCUUGGAGGUUGAGCGUCUUACGCUGUUGCCUGACCAGCCCUCCAACCUCCAGGUCUUGCACAUGUUCAUGGUCCUCACAGCCCUUGUGGGUGCUGGCAUUUGGGUAGCGGCGUGGGCUCGAGGCGUCGUCCGUACGGACCACUCGAGCCCACGGCGACUCGCCAUCGCCUUCAGGCAGCGCCUCCUUGCCACGGAUGGGGGGAAGGAGGUUCUUGGGACUUUGAUCCGUCAAGGGGUCAUCAUCCCUAGUCCCUCGCUGAACCUGUGCCUCCCGAUGACGGUCAAUGGAGUCAACAGACCUCAAAUGCAAGAAGUGUGCAAAGACCUGGCCCACCAAGGGGAGGCGUCCUACAGUGUGGGAAUCUGCCACCUGGAGGUCUACAAGGCCUUGGAAGGGGUAUGGGAACAAAUUCCCGAAGCUGCCCGUGUUGAACUCUCCAAGGCCGGUUUCAGGGCCCCGGUGGAGGACAAGUCGUCGGAUGAGGUGGCCCUUCUGGACCUAUUGCAGGCCCACAUUGGGGAUCUGCCAGCGGACGUCCAGACAGCGCUGCACAACAGGAACAAGGUUCCUGAUGUUCCGCCAGAAGAAGCCGCCAUAACAGCCACGAACGAGCUCAAAGGGGCAUCCACCAAGCUGCGGUCCUUAGGCCACCGCAAAAUUCGUCUCCAAGCCAAGAUUGACGAAUCGAAAGCCGCCCUCAAAGCGUUGUAUGUUGAAAUGCAAAACUUGAUGCAAGAGCUGAAAGCGGCUGAGGAAAAUAUGGAAACCCUUGCCAAGACCUUCCGGGACAAGGUACUUCAGGCGCCCGUUCAAGAAGAAGAUGAGGACUUUAAUCUGUCCGAGGUGCUUGGAAGCAUUGGCCUUUCCCUUGAUGAAGCCCAACUCCAAAAGGUGCGGGAUGCCCAGGCCCAGCACAAGCUCCAGCGAAGGCAGAAGGCUGCGGAGCAACUGCUGGCCCAUGAUGCCCCAACAUGGAAAUCGAAGACCUUGAGCUACGACGAGAAGAACUUGAAGUGCAGCUUGAGCGCAAGCGCGAAGGGCCAGCUUUCUUGGUCCAAAGACGUUGAGAAGGCUAGCACCCGUGUGCCCUCCGCGAGCCUUUCAGGCACUCCCGAGUCUCAGGCUGUUUUGACCACACCAUCCAAGCCGGGGACGGAGGACGAUUUUGACCCUCUCCCCCUUUCUAGGGGGGUUUUUACAAACAAUAUCUCACCUGAGUGGAGGGAGUUCGGUCCUUCCCCAAUCAAUCUCUACAACCGGUUUUCAGCCCUGGCGGAAGACGAAAAUCCCAACGAUGAAUUCACCUCCCUCCUCCUCAAGGCCAAGGACCAGUCACUUGCUGCAUGUGAGGAGGAAUUGGUGGAACUGGUGGACAAAAUGCCAAUCCGCCAAGGGUCUCUUGAAGAAUGGGCGGCCAACCAUGCAUUGCAUCAACUGGCCACUCACAGAAACGAACCUAGUGUUUGUCUGGAGGCAAUUGCUGAUGCAAAAAGGCAGCCCAAAGACGAACCAGCAAAAUUUGAAAUCACAGUUGCCAAUGUCACAAGAUGGAGAGCUGAGAUCAAAACGUGGCUCCUAGAUAGACAGGGGGUGUGUCUCCAGGAAACCCACCUCACAGCCAAAGAACAGCAUCUUGCCAUCCAUCAGUUGGAUCAGGCCGGGUACGCUGCCUGGACCCUACCGGCCCACCCAACUGAGGGGGGAAAAAACUCUGGAGGCGUCAUGAUUGCGGUUGAAAAAGAUCGAAAUUUCCGAUUCCUGAGAUCCUUUGGUGUUGAAGGUAAAGGGUAUGUGGCUGUGGUAGGUAGAACCGGGAAGAGGGACAUUGUUUUUAUUUCCAUCUACCUUGAAACCAGUGUAGGCCUCACUGGAGGACACAACCCCACCAUUGUCGGUGAUCUUAUUGCCUUCAUUAAAGGCCUCACCAUUGAAUGGUUUGUAGCGGGGGAUUUCAACCUCCCACCGCAAGACAUACUCGAAACCUCGAUUGAGUCCCUCCUGCGCGGGAAAGUGCUAGCUACUAACGAGCCCACCAUCAUGGGUGGCAAUGAAAUCGACUUUGCCAUAGCUAGCCACACCGUCUCAAAUGGGCUCGAAAUCACAACUGAUUGGGACGUUCCCUUCAGGCCCUUCCGGAGACCUGUUGACGAUGAACAGGCACCAUUCCAAGGACAUUUCACCUUGGUUUAUCCCAGCCUCCUCCUAGAGCCGAGGGCGGAUGACGCCAUUACAGCUGGGUUUGCCGGUUUUACUCAGCGUGUUGAGGCGAGCCUCUAUCCCUCAGACAUCAGAGGCCUCCGCAUUGGUCUGAGUCCCAAGCUUCAGCAGGUGGUCCAAUCCCACCUCUCCCAACUCCUUCUCAAUUGGGAGGAAUGCGAUGCAUUCAGGAAAGCACAUCAGGAACAAGCCAAAAAGUACGAGGCCUGGCUCCAAGGUGAUGGGAAAAACCAUCUGCGCCACCUUUACCGGGCACUCAAGACUGAGGAAAACACCACUACUCGCCCAUUUGCGGACCUUGCGGUGGAGGCCCAGAUGGGUGGUGCUAUGAAAUGCUCCGAGCAUUACCUCAUGAAGCCAUUCUUGAAUUGGCUAGCAUGGUGCGCCAAUGGGAAAUCGAAGCCCAGUCUCAUAGCAGGUUGCCCUCUCGCCCCUGCUCUUUCCAGAGUUGUGCUCCACGAUCCGAUCUCGAAGAUGCACUCUGCCUCCCCUGUACACCACAUCGAUUUGUGGGUGGACGAUUGCUCAGCAGAUUUUGUCGAUUCUCAUGCGCCGACAGUCGCUGCUCAAGCCAUCAAGUGUUACAGGGAGCUUAAAGCUGACCUCGAGAAUCAGGGCCUGAUGGUCAGCACCACCAAAACGGCUUUCAUCUGCUCAAACAAAGCCUCGGCCAGAGAGCUGCAAUCCUUGCUUGAAGAACAUGAACCCCCCAUCAAAACCUUAGGCAAGGACCUUGGUCUGGAUUAUGCUGCGGGGCAGAGGAGGCGAAUCACAGUGGCCAAAGGCAGGCACGCUAAAGGAGGGCAGCGUGCCAGGAAAUUGACCAAGCUGCAAGUCAAAAGCACUAGCAUCAGAGUGAGACUCUUCAACGGUUCCAUCCGGUCCUCUGCCUUGUAUGGGCAUGAAGGGGUUGGGGUAGCGCCUAAACGGCGCAAAUGGUUCAGAAGUUUGCUGGCUGCAGCCUUGGGCAGACCCACGCUUGCCAGCACUGACUCAGCCCUUGAGUUCCACUCGAACAAAGUUGUAGAUCCAGCCUACACCAUCUUGUCGCAGCAUUUCAAGGCGAUACGGAGGCUUCUUCUCAGCUGGCCCGACAGGGACAUUGCCAGAUUGCACCAGAGCUGGAACAAACUCGGGCAAUGGCUGAGCGAGGCUGAACAUCCCUGGAAAAGGGCGGCUGGACCGCUUGGAGCCGCCUGGUGCUACCUUCAAGAGUUGGAGUGGGAGGCCAUCAGCCUCAGCAAGUGGCGUGUUGAAGGCGACAUUCUUGACAUCCGUCAGGGACCUGACUUCCAUAGACUUCUUUUCCAGCUAAAACAUCUAAUUGACACCAGGCGACACCGCCGCAUUGCUCAAUCAGAUGGUGGCAAAGGAUUAGAGACAGGACCGGACUGGACAGCGCUGUCAAGGCGUCUCCAACAGCCACGUGUUCCCUGUGCAACCUUCCUGCCACCAAGAAGCAUGUACUCUGGGAAUGCAAAUGGUGGAAAAAGCAUGGUGAACAACCGCCUAGAUGGUGGGAAGAUUACCCGGAGCAUCAAUCCACUGAUUGUCUGUGGAAUUUUGGGCUCAUGCCCAACCUUCCCAGGGAAAUGCCCUUCGGAGAUUCUAUUCUGGAAGUCCAAGGAGUCCUCCGCAAUCCAGACCAAAUCCCUGAAGGGGAGGCUAAAGCCAUCCAACAAGCGGCCCUUCUCCUUCCAGAAGGGACCGAUGUCACCAGUGAUUGCAAAGGGGCCGUUGCGCGUGCCAGAAGGGGCCCCGCAGGGGGAGGAGCACACCAAGACAUUUUUGGUACUGCGCCCACCCAUGAGCUUCGCCUUACAUGGCCGGUUCUUCCUGGGGUUGAUCCUUAGGGAAAACAACUUGCGGGCCAUCCUUCUUGCCUCCCUCAAGCAAGGCCUGAAUUCCCCCACCGUGAAUCCGGCGGAUGGCAUUCCAGGGGGUAAAGGCGAGAUCCCCUUCAAGCGGCCUUCCAAGAAGGAGACCGAUGCAGAAGCACCAGCUGCGGAGUCCCCCUCGCAAUCGUCGAACUCAACAGAGCUUCGACGAGCCUCACCCGACCAACCGCGGCACCAGCCCGAGCCGAGCCCAACCCCACCUGCCGAGGGGGGAGAGGCAAGCACUGACCCCAUGCCAGUCAAGCAGGAAUCAACCGAGGAGUUUAGCUCCGAAGAGUCGUCAGGAGAGGCGGCACCUCUUCUACCUUGGCCUCUCUUGGCAGACAGCCUCCACCUCACGGUUGACCGGGUUCGCCGUAGCAACAACCGUGACUUCUGGCUGUCUAACCUCGGCCCAACCUUGUGGUUGGAUUGCUUCCCAACCUUCAAGGGUUCCAGCCUCCUGGGCAUAGGGGGAACGCGAGCAGUGUACACCUCACCUUCCUCAGAAGGCAAGGUGUGGAAGGUUGCUCUCAAAGCAGAUCCCAGCCACCAUGGGAUUGAGCAAACCAUUGGGCAGCGGCUCCCAGGUUUAUGUGCCACGCAAACCAGAAUGGUGGGGACGGGACAGCUCACCAUCCGUGACUUCAAGACCCUGGAGAUUGAGGUCUUGGAGGUUGAGCGUCUUACGCUGUUGCCUGACCAGCCCUCCAACCUCCAGGUCUUGCACAUGUUCAUGGUCCUCACAGCCCUUGUGGGUGCUGGCAUUUGGGUAGCGGCGUGGGCUCGAGGCGUCGUCCGUACGGACCACUCGAGCCCACGGCGACUCGCCAUCGCCUUCAGGCAGCGCCUCCUUGCCACGGAUGGGGGGAAGGAGGUUCUUGGGACUUUGAUCCGUCAAGGGGUCAUCAUCCCUAGUCCCUCGCUGAACCUGUGCCUCCCGAUGACGGUCAAUGGAGUCAACAGUAGCGGGGACUGGUGCUUCGCCUCAAUUGAAGACCUUGAGGAGAUCAAGAUUCACCGUGUUGGCAUGGGAAAAGGCUACGGAUCUUCAGCAAGCAGUGCAGCUGAAGGCGAAGGCAGCUGGAGAGACUCUCUGCACUCGCAGCAGAGACGGAAAGGAUCCAACGGCGAGCAAGGGAACGAGCCUUGCAGGAACCAGUUCGGUUUCCAAAGUCAGGAGGGCCACCGCCACCAGCGGGCCCAGAACCAGAGCAAGCUCCAGAGUGUCCACCGCCAGGAGAAGAACGAGCUCCAGAGUGUCCACCUCCGGACCCAAUGCCGAGUGGUACGAAGCUUCCUCUUCACACGCUGGACGGGGAACCCAGCAACGCAGCAGUGGCGGAACACAUCCGCCGGAAUGAGGAAGAGUAUGCUGCAAGACGUGCCGGUGCAAUUCCUUCAGGAGACGAAGCAAGAGCCAGGGAAUCCAAGGAAUUUGCUCGUGGAGUUGCAUACUUUCGGGCCAGGUACGGCCAGCGACGCCAAAGCAGUGGAACAGCGAGUUCCAGCCGAGACACGGGGCCUGGGACCCUACAACCCAGGACGGGGCCUGGGACCCUACAACCCAGGAUGGAAGAUGCGAGAGCUGAACCAGGGAGCAGUUCCAGAGGACCACCUCCGAAGGAACGACCUGCUGGAAGCAAGGCGCCACCUCCAGAGCCAAAGGGACCACCACCGAAGCGAGUGGGAGCAACGCAAGCCACUACGCUCUACCCGAAUUCUCCUUGGAGGAGAGCAGAAAGGAGGAGAAUGCGAGAAAGGGGCGAGGAGCCAAACCCUGGAAAUGAGGAAGAUGAAUGGGGAGAUUGGUCAGGACGACUACCAGAAGGAGAAAGAGGUCGACUACCAGAAGGAGAAAGCAGAGAUCGACUACCAGGAGGAGAAAACAGAGAUCGACUACCAGGAGGAAUCAAAAUUCUAUGGCCUAUGUACAAACAAGAGCCUCUACUCCGACAAGACUAUGAAUGGAACAAGAGAUCCAUUGGUGAUGUGGAUUUGGACCAGUAUUCCAGGAGCAAAGAACCUCUACGACCCCAAGACUAUGCAAUUCGAUUACAAUGGAGCAAUGGCAAUGAUGCUUAUGCUUGGAGCGCUUGAGCAGAGGGGCACGGAGAGAUCACUUGCGUUCGUGUGCUUGUGUGAGAAAACAACAGAGAGGUUGGAGCAACAAGCAAGCAGUUCGGAUGAUCUGAACCGAAGGAUUGAAAGUGCGACAAAGGCGAUCAAGGCACCAGAUGUUUGGAACCCACAAGCCUCGGGAGAGCAUCCACCGGAUUUUACAACCUGGAAACAUCAGUUUCUGAAUUGGCUAGGUUUUGCCGAUUCGCAGUACUCAGAAGCUCUAAGUAUGAUUGAAAGUCUGGGAGCAACGCCGAUCGAUGUUUCGACUCUCACUACAGUGGAGAGAGAACUUUCGACAAAGCUUUACCACAUACUGACUUCGUAUAUGCGGGGAGCAGCAACGCAACUGUCUCGAAAUUGGAGCAGGGAGCGAUGUGGGUAUCGUCUCUAUCAAAGUUUGCUUUGGGAAUACCAACCAGCCACCAAACAACGAGCUCUAACCCUCAGUCAAGCGAUUGGGAUGUUUCCCAACUUCGAUGGGGGCAAGAGCAUGGUGGAGCAGAUUGGUUCACUGGAAAACCUUGUUCGGGAGUACGAGAUCGCUUCAGGAAAGACCUACGAUCGAGAUUUGUUGAUGGGAGUUUUGCUUCGAUGUUCACCGAGGGCGAUUCGAGACCACCUUACUUUGACAAUGCGCGAAGGAACAAACUACAUGUCAGUGAAGCAAGCGAUUCUUUCAUACGAGCAAAGCAGCAAAACUUGGGAUUACCAGACGGUGUUGAAGCAAAAGACCUUGCAGAACACAGCGAGCAGUUCGAAUGCAGAUCAAGGACCAGCACCAAUGGAAGUGGAUGCAGUGUACGAGAAAGGAGCUUUGGAGCAGGAUUUCGCCAAUGGAGAAAAGGUGGACGAAAAGGAAGCUACAAAGGAGGAAAGAAAGGACGAGGCAAAGGUUUCCACAAAGGAGGAAAGAAAGGCGGAAAGAAAGGUGGAAAGCAUGGCAAAGGAGGAAAGAAAGGUGGAGGCGAGCGAGGCCAGCACCGAGGUACCCCACUCGACAGUCGAGUCUGUUACUCCGUCGCAGAGUGCGAGCCAAUACAGGAUAAGGAGAGUGAGGAACAUUGAUUUCCAUCACAUUGCGAACACACCACCUGACGGCACAGAGCACUAUGAGCUUAGCGAAGUUUCAGAAGAAGAAGGUGAUUGGUUCACCAGAAGGAUAGAGGUGCAAGGACCAGAGUGCUACUACAUCGGGGAUGAGAGUGAGAACAAACAAGAUCAUGAGAGUGAUGAGCUGUAUCAAUGGUAUGAAAACAGCUUGGAAAGAGUUCAAGGAGGAUCGGAACCUCUCAAUGUGCGAAUGGUCCAGUUGGACACAAAGCAACAUGUGGUGAUCUUGGAUUCAGGUUGCAAGACGCACAAGGGGGUGCGAUGCGAGUUGAAGGGGGGCGAGACCUGGGGAGAAGAAACCCAGGCGGGGGAACUUGUAUCUCCCGAUGGUAAGGCACGGGUGCCUGUGGAAUACCAGAGGAAUAGCUUGAGAUUGACAGCGGAAGUUAGAGGAGUCGAGCAAGUCAGGGCAGUCAAGGUGACUUUGGCCUAUGACUUUGGUAAAGUCCCAGAGAAGGAUUGGAGCCUUCUACCGAAUGGAACGCCAGUCCAUCGCCAUUUUGGACUUGAGUUUGUAAAGCCACCGACAGGUACUUGGAAGUACAGGACCACCAUCGUGAAGGUGGGCAACGAAUGGGAAGUGAUUGAAGCAACGGAAUUGCUCGAGCGAAAAUCCGACUUGGAAGAUCGAAUACCGGGAUUGCUUUUUCGAUCAGAAAUUCUCACAUUCUUGCACAGGACACCAGAGUAUCUGGACAAGUGCUUGGUAGAAGAGGUAGCACCAGAAGAAGCACCAAAGGAGGAAGAAAAGAAGAUGGAAGAGGAGCCAGAAUGGUUUGGAAGAGAAAGAGGAGCUCCAGAAGAGUUGCAGGUGCCAGUGCCGAAAGGAGUUGUGAAGCAGCAAGGAAAGGCAGGAGGACACCAAGAGUUGGAACUCGACAUGGGAAGUACUAUUGUGGUGAAUGGAGAGUCACUCACAGCAACGAGUGAGAUUGAGAAGCUGCGAGAAGGUUGUCGGUAUUUGGGUUUGAGCGUCUCAGGGUCAAAGGUGAAGAUGUUCAGGAGACUGUGCAACUACCUCACCGAAGACAGAGAUGAGGACGCAGAAGAAGUUGCAGACAGGCUGAGGAAGCAAAGGCCCAAAGCAAGAACAAGACCCGGAGUGCCCGAACCGACAGAAGCAGAGAUUGAAGAGCAUAUGGCAACCCACAUGCCAAUGCAACCAUGGUGUGAUUUCUGUGCAGCAGCAAAGUCGAAACAGGACCAUACCCCACAAAGCAGUGAAGCAAAGUAUGAAGACCCAGGAAAGCCAGUGAUCCAGAUGGACUUCAUGUACAUGGGUCAGAACAGUGUGAGUCUGAUCAUUCUUGAUUCAUGGACUCGAUUUUCGUGGGCGAUUCCAGUGCCGGGGAAAGCACCGACGAAGAAGUUGGCCGAGAAAGUGGUGAAGUUUUCUCUCGAGAUGAACUACAUUUCCGAAGAAGUUCUGUUUGCGAUUGAUGUGGAGCCAGCGACAACAGCCUUACUGGAUUUGAUUGUAGCAAUACGACAAAAGUUAGGCUACAAGGCUGGAAAGUAUCCAAACAAGCCCUACCACAAAGGAAGAACAGCGAGAGUGGAACGCCACAUUCAGAACCUCAGGAGACAAAGCCUCACGAUGAUUGAAAUGGUCGAGGAUCGGAUUGGGGAAAAGAUUCCUGAAGAUCAUGCUUUACGAGCGUGGGCAAUUCACCACGCAGCAUGGUUGUUCAACAGGUACCACCUACACUCAGGGACGCAGAGUACAGCUUUCCAAUUGGUCUACGGGAGACCAUACCAAGGGCAGAUUUUACCCUUCGGAGAGUAUGUGUUUGGUCUGGCCAAGCCUGGAGGAGUGAAGAAUCGAUCCUUGUGGACAGGAGGAAUAUGGGUUGGAAAGGACGACCGGGACAUGGACGUGAUUACAUCAAAAGAUGGGAUCUUUACGUCAAGAUCUGUGCGGCGCACACAACCAGCGUGGCGCGCACGUGCAAAGAGAAAGAAGGAGGAGAAAAUGAGCCAGAGCCAGCAGGAGAUGAAGCAGGCGGGGGACAAAAGAGAGAAACUGAAGGAGAAGAAAGAGAGGAACCUGCGAAAGCUAGUAAAACAGCAGAUGCUGAGGAAGUCUAUUUCCACCGUUGUACGCCGGACAGGAAAAGCUGAACUUGACAAACUCGCCAACAUGAAGGUUGUGAAGACGAUCAAGAAGGAAGAGUGUUCAGAGGAAGGACACGCAGCAGUGCGAAUGAUGUUUCUUUUUCAUCUCAUCUACAAUUGGGAGCUUACAGUUCUUGACAUUCGUGACGCAUUCUUGCAAGUCAAGCAGAAAGCUCUGAUGUAUGCUGAUAUCUCACCGUGGAUUCGAACACUACUUGGUUUGGAUGAAGACCAUGUAUGGAAAGUGGAGAAGUGUCUGCCAGGGCAAAGAUCAGCGGCAGAACAAUGGUUUACCCAUUUGGUUGAGAUUUUGAAGCGUUUGGGAUCUGAGCAAUUUGUUGGGAUACCCUCAAUCUUGAAGCACCGAGUGAAGAAGAUUGCAGUGUCGAUUCAUGUCGACGACGAGCUAGUUGCAGGUGCGAAAGGCGAAGGAAGAUGGCUGAUAUGCGAGCUAGAGAAGUUUUUCAAGCUCACAGUUGAGGGACCGUUCCCAUCCCACCGGGGAUCGGGAGAACAGCUUCAUUACCUGAAGAGGACCUAUGAGUUCCUUGAAGAAGGAAUUUUGGUGACAGUGUCGAAGAAGCACUACGAGAAGCUUAAAGGACUCUACAAGCUGGGGAACCGAAAGCCAAGACAAACCCCAGAGCACCAGCUGAUUGGAACAGUGGACAAUUCCAAAGAACUGGAGGAGAACGAGUGCAAGAAGUUUCGUUCAGCGUUGGGAACACUGUUGUACAUUUCCCAAGACCGAUGGGAUUUACAGCAUGUGACGAAGUGUUUGGCAAGUAAGAUGUCGAAGCCAACGGAACAAGCGUUAACCUGUUUGAAACAAGCUUUGCUCUAUGUGCAAGGAACAGAGCAACUGGGAUUCCUACUGAAGUACACAAAGGUUGGAAACAAGAUGAUGGAUGCGAAAGUUACUCGUGGAGAUCCGGAUGGAUUCAAGUGCGGGAAGACAAUGGAUGAUGCGAACAGGAGAUUUCUCAUGUACCAUAUUGGAGCCAUGGUGUGGAAUGGAGAAAGUCAUGAGCGUUAUGGGAAAGAAGAAGCAAUGGAACAUGUGGCAGGUGAAGUUUGCCGAAGCCAAGUUCGAGCACUACGUGCAACUUUGUUGAGUGAGCGAGGAAGCAAGACGGCUAGAGCGAUGUACUUGACAAUGAUGGUGAAUAUGAUUUCUCAGAUUGCAGGACAGCCAGACGAUUUUGGAGGACGAGAACGAGAAGAACGAGAAUUUGUUUUCAUCUAUGUGAAGGAAGUGAGUGGAUGGAUUAUUCUUUUCAGUGUGCUACUAGGAGGAAUUUUCGCUUUACUCUUGUUCUACAUGGUCGAGCAGAAGGUGAACGAAGGACGACAGGAACCACAGGAAGAAGGACCACAGGAACCACAGGAAGAAGGACCACAGGAACCACAGGAAGAAGGACCACAGGAACCGCAGGAAGAAGACCACAGGAACCACAGGAAGAAGGACCACAGGAACCGCAGGAAGAAGGACCACAGAUUUCGAUCUGAGUACGGUUGUACUGGUGGCUUAGUCCCAUCUGCAAGUGUUCUCGCCUUCUUAGUGGACAACGCGGACGACAUGGCCAGCUUGGUAGCGCAGUAUGCACCAGGAGAUGCUCGCGCGAGCCAUGUGGCACGUGCUUUGUGGACUCUAGUGCAAUGCGAUGCCACUUCCGCUUGCAAACGCAGUAGCCUUGUGGAUCCUGCUUGGCAGCGAGUGCUUCUUGCGCGUCGACUUCCGCAGUCUGAGUCGACUGCCCCUGGCCUGUGUGACACCUUAUCUUGGCUGCGGUCGAAGUCCGGUGCUUGUCGGCGCAGUAGUACGCUGCUCUUUCGAAGUCGCAAACAACUUUCUCGAGUUGAAGACGGACAGUCGCGUGAAUCUAUUGAUGCGCAGAGACUACUUCAUUGCAGGCGUGAGUUGGCGGAGCUGGUUUCCGAAGCAGGUCUACCUAUUGCUGCGCAAGCGCAACUGGCAUCUGCUCCUGAGGAAAUCAUUGUUGCGUCUCUGGGUUCUAUGAGGGCUUCCACUAUUCGCAAGAAGGUUCGCGAGUGGCGCAGGGUCCGUAUCUUCAGCCUGGGUGCCUGUGGAUGUCCAUGGCCUUCUCACGUGGGCAUCGUGCUGGAUUAUUUGCGUGAGCGUGUGGACGAACCUUGCGGUCGCACUGUGCCAGAAGCUGUUGUCUCGGCAUUUGCUUUCAUGGAAAAAGUUGGCUGCGUUCCAGGGCCCGAUCGGGUUUCAGCGUCGCAGAUUCUUCGGAAUUUUGUGAACCAAGCAACGCAUGACCUGGAGGUCGGCGCCCCCCCGACCAAGAAAGCCCCGCUUCUGCCCCUGGUGAUGGUGGGGUCCUUGGAGCUCAGGGUCGUCGAUGCUCAGGCACCUCUAUAUGCGCGUGGUUUAGCUUUCUGCAAGCUUCUGAAGUUGUGGACUGCGUGCCGCACCAGUGACUUAUGUGGUUUAAAUCCUUCUAGUCUGCGUCUGAAUCGCCUGGGCCUGGUUGGCGUGCUCGAGAAGACGAAGACUACGGGUGCUGGCAAGCGGAUUCGUCAUCUUCCAAUCUACAUCAGUCAUAGUGCGUACUUCAUGGCACCUGAUUGGCUCAGCGUGGGUUGGAAAGUUUGGUCAGAUCCUGCGAUGUCUUUUGGCCGAGACUAUUUCCUCCCGAUGCCGAAACCGGACUGGAGCGGUGCCUGCAAACGGAUGGCAGAGUAUGCUGACUCUGCCGGCCUGAGUGUUCAGUUGUUGCGUCGCUUGUCUGUCCCGCGUCGACAAGGCUCCAAAUGGUUGCAGUCCGAGAACCCGUUGCUCCUCUGCGAUGCUGCCGCCGUUUUCUGGAAAGAACACUCGGAGCGCAAUUGGCUCAACAGCAUGCUGGCCGCGAUCGAGGUGAGCAAGGAGCUGCGAGACUAUGUGGGUAGGUGGCACAUCUCCUCAUCCGAUGAGUACUUACGGACAGCUCAACAGGUUGUGGUUGGUCUGCAAGAAAAGCUGGUUACUUACUUCUGUGGUCCAGAUCGAUGGGAUCUUCGCAAUGCUGGUCUGGAUGAGCUUGAGUCUCACCUGCGUGCUCGCGGGGUUGUUGCUGAGGAAGUCGAUGAUGCAGAAUCGCAAAGCCCGUAUUUUGUUACCGUCGUGGGCAACAAGCGGCUACGCAGGCUCCAUCGCCGCGGGGGAUGCGGCGUGUCGGUGCUGGAAGUGCAAGAGUCGGAGCCCGUUUGGCAUUUGAAGGGGCUCAUGUACAAUUUGGCUUGUCAGCAUUGUUGGCGCCCUGGGGAAUCCACCGUUUCGGAAGCCGAGGAAGCAGACGACUCGGGCAGUGCAAGAUUCGCGGGAGUUGGCGGAUGCCAAUGCUUAUGGCUCGCAGAAGUGUCUGUGGCUCCAAGUGUUCAUCGCGUUUCCUUUCUUGUGCUAGGGUCGUCUAGCGCUUGCAGCAUGACGGUAGAUGUGCUCGCUUCGGCAGAUGCGGAUCUUCGCUUCCAGAUGGAGGAAGCAGGCGUCAGCGCGGACGUGCAGAAGGCAAUCUAUGCAGAAGGCUUCACUUCCGUGCGCGUCUUCGCUGGAUUGGAAGAGACCCGCGAGGGUGUGCGGGCGGCGCUGAAGUCCUCCUUCAAGCUCGACAGCAACGAGAGCCCUGCCAUGCGCAAGGAGAUCGCCCUCUUGCUGGCUGUUUGGGAAGGGGCUCGCUCUCAGUUGACGUACCAGGCAAAGAACAAAGAAGAGGCAAAACAAGGGACACAAAAUCGGCUCAUGCAGUCCUCCGAAUACGGUGCGAUGCGCACCAGGGUCGAGCAAGUCUUGAAUCGUACUCUCAAGGAUCGCGAGGCUCCGAGCAAGGCCUUGGUUGCCUCCAAGCUCGAGCAACUUGAGGACGGGGUCCCCAAGGCCGAAGAUCUUAGGGAUGUGACGUCUUACGAGGACGUGGAGGGGGAGGCCUACAGCGCCAUUAUCGACCCUGCCACAGCCAUGCUGCGCAUCAAGCCUGGUCGCGCGUCUACAAUACCCCCAGGGUCACCAGAAGAGCUUCGUCUUCGCCAUCGUCGCAUCGGCUUGGCGUGGGAUUUCGUGAAGACGCGGCAUUCCACCCGAGCUUGGGUUCCUGACAAUUGUGUGGAUUGCUUCCGUGUGCUAUCGGACCAUGUUUUAGGCUCGGCAGUAGCCGGACUUCGGAGUGCUUCAGGCCAAGGCCCCACCUGGUCCUUGGUGUUGAGCUAUGAGCAAGAGCUUCGCAAAGCCGCGUAUCGCUACAUUCGCGACGGUCAGUGCAAAGACUUGCGUGCUGCUCUUGAGAAGGCGUGUGAUGCCCCGGAGGUUUUGACCACACACUUUAUCGUCCCGUUCACCUUGGGCAAGGCCGAGGAUCCUGUGGAUAUGCCCGACUUGACAAAGGUGCCUUGGCUGCAUCAUGGGAAAGGUGGCAAGGGCAAAGGCGGCGGCAAAGCUCCGGAUUGGGGGCGGCAAUGGGGGAAGUCUAACAAGACUCCUGAUGGCAGGGCUCUAUGCUUCAAGUUCAACAAGCGUGCAGUUGCUGAUCCUGGCAAGCGAAAGUCUGUGGCCACUGCAGAUGAGGCCGCGUCUGGUGAUGAAGAGGAACUUUGGAACAAUAUCUUUCCCAGCCGUGCUUACUCUGGCCUAGAGUAUGAAGAAGGAGGCGACGGUAUUCGCAUCGCUGGUUUGCGAGGGACAGGGCCACCGCUGUACUGUCGUAUGGGUGGUGCACGGAAGCCUUUCACCGAUGGUUGCGGUCUGUGCUCCCCUGGUCGAUGGCCUCCCUCUGCCAGGCAGGAUGCUUACGAGAAUGUGAAGUUGUCCUUCCAUCAGCGCCUUGCGACAAAGCUGCAUAACUUUGUGGGCGCAAAGCUCAAUGUGCGUGACUUGGCGUUUAAGCUUGCUGCAGGUGUUGUCAAGGAGGCCCCCUUCAGUGACGAAAUGCUGGAGGAAGGCAGAAGCAUCAUCUGGAAGGAGCUUCGUGAUGCGGGAUGCCAGCUACCUGUAGAGGAGAAGAGCCCUGGUCAGCCCUUCUACCUCGCGGCCAUCGAGGAACUGCUACGGCUGGCUGGGGAUCCAGAUUCUGCUGCGUUUUACACAAGUCAAGACUCCUUUGCGAAAGGAGUGCGCCUAGGUGUCGGUGUGGAGCUGCCACGCGUGCCUGCUGUUUUCACUGCCAAGGAUCGAUGGAGGACCUACCCAGAUGGUCCUGACGGGACGGUGCUUCGGGACAACUAUGUAUCCGCUAAAGAACAUGCAGCAGAAGUGCAAAAACAGUUUGAGAUCGAAGCGGAGCUUGGUGCCAUGUACGAGACGGACUUGGAGGCUGCGUGCAGGGAGCUCGGCGAAGUGUCAGUCGCCUCGCUUGGAGCCAUCGAGAAGAAAGAUGGAUCCUACAGGGUGACCCAUGACGCAACGCAUGGCCUGUCUGUCAACAGUGUGAUAAAGGUUCGGGAUCAGAUGCGCUGCCCUGGGGCCGGAGACCUUCGGCGAGCUUUGCAGACUUUGCCUACAGCGUUCUUCGCCCUCUCAGGGGAUGUGGCGCGUGCCCAUCGCCUCGUAAAGAUUGCAAAGCGUGACUGGAAGCAUCUUUGCUGUCGCACUGGCACCAAGAGAGAUGACGUAAUAUGGGUGAACUGCGUGGGUACCUUUGGUGUCUCGUCAGCUGCGUACCACUGGUGUCGUCUGAUGUCAGGACUUGGGCGCUCAGCGUUCUUCUUGUUCGGCAAGUUCGGCUGGAUGCAACUUGUUUACGUCGACGAUCUUCUCUGGCUCGUCGGCGACAAAGGCGGCAUUGAGAAGCUGAUCACAGUGAUCUUUUACUACUCAGCACUGGGGUUGCCGUUUGCUUGGAAGAAGUUUUCGGGUGGCCUCGUGUGCAAGUGGGUCGGUUUCGAGUUGACACUGGCUGAGAGAGCCUUAGGACUCACUGAGGGAAGGGCAAAAUGGAUAAUCUCCUGGGUGUCGCAUACUGUGGAUGCUGGUGCAGUUCGAAUGGCAGAUUUUCGCGCAGUGCUCGGCAGGCUUUCGUUUGCGUUCACUGUACUUCCCAACUUCCGACCGCUCUUGGGACCGCUGUAUGCCUGGAGUGCAGCGAUGGGAUCCUUCCACAGUCUUCCCUUGCCAAAGCUGGUGGUCGUGCUCUUGAACUUCUUGAAGGCUUCGCUAGAAAGACUUGGGAGAAAUGCGGCAGUCGCCGACCACUGUGAUGCAGAAAGAGAGCUCUUUCGGACGGAUGCCCGGGCCGAAGGCGACGAGGUGUGGAUCGGGGGCUUCGCGUUAGACAAUGGCACGUUGUCAGAGUGCCGCUGGUUUGCAGAGCGCAUCUCGCACAACACAGGCAAAUGGCUCUUUCUGGCCGGAGAGUCCUAUCGUGCCAUUGCAUCUUUGGAGCUUCUCGCGACCUUGACAGCAGUAGUACUCUUUGGCGUUCCAGGGGGUCAACAUCUUGGCUGUGCUUGCUCAGCUAGCACCGACAAUCGCGGCAACGCCUUUGCCGUCUCAAAGUUGAUGACGACGAAAUUUCCCCUAUGUGCCUUUUUAUUGGAACUCGCCAUGCAGCUUCAGAUGAAGUCGUCAGAGCUGCAGUUGAGAUGGCUUCCCAGGCUCCAGAAUGUCGAAGCAGACCGGCUCACUAAUGGUGAUUUCACCGGCUUCAGCGAUCAUAAGCGGUUGCGGUUUUCGGUGGAUGAGUUUCGUGGCAUUUUGCUUUCGGACAUGCUUGACUUGGGCUCCGAUCUCUAUGGCUCGAUCAGGGAGGCCAAGACGAAGGGCAAGCUGCGGAUUCCUAAGACGCGCAGAGAAGACACGCUCAAAUGCAGAGAUCCUUGGAUGUAG